AUGACAUGCGUCAGGUAUUCUCAUUCUAUCUUGAAAGCAUUGACCGAACGCCUGUACGUCUGGAGGAGACUAGAGCUGCUAUGGAUUCAAAGGUCAGCUACAAGCUACACAGAUCUUGACUUGGAUGAUGUAAUCCGAUACUGUUCAUUGCCCAAAGCUCUGAAUAAAGCUGACCGAAGACUGGACGGGUCUCACGCAAUAGGAAUUGCGAUCCCUGGUUACCGAGUACAAGGAGUGAUCGGAAAAGGAGGACAAGGAACAGUGUAUCUUUGUCAAGAAGUUGAGUCACAAUCAGUCUGUGCUAUCAAAGUUUGCAAUAGACCAGAUGAGCGGGAAUAUCAGAAUUUGAAGUCUCUACAGCAGCUUCAGCAUCCCAACAUUGUGAGAUUGUUUGAUUGCAUUCUUGAGCCUUUCGCUAUUGUCAUGGAGUACGUGCAUGGACAAUCUUUGAAGGAGGUUAUGCAGACCUCAGAAGAUGGUGAGGGCAGAAAACUGGAUCUGGAGUUGAUCAAACUCAUCGGCUCUCAGAUGCUCGAUGCCUUGUCUGCAUUACACAGAAUGGCAAUCACUCAUCGAGACCUCAAACCUUCCAACAUCUUAUGCACGUUCUCGCAUAAUCAAACAAUCGAGAAGGUCACGUUGAUCGACUUCGGCGCUUCCAGACAUGACAAUUUCGAUGUGACGAUGACCAAUACAGGCCAGUUCGUUGGGACAUGGCAGUACUUCAGUCCUGAGCAGUGCAGGGGUGAUGCUCAACUUGAUGCGAGAGUGGAUGUCUGGUCAGCUGGGGUCGUUAUCUAUGAAAUGGCUGCUGGGAAAAAUCCAUUUUUCUCUCUGAAUGUGCUUGAGCUGUUCAACGCAGUACGAAGAAAGCGGUUUGUUGUGAUUGUCACCUGUGAUGUGGCGAUGAAUCUGUUCCUAAAGACAGCUCUGAAGAAAGAUCCUCAAGAUCGA